AUGGCUACGAGAAGUUGGUUCCAGAAGUUUCAACCGCGUGAUCGCUUGAGGACAUCGAGUAAGAAGAAGGAUACAAUGGAUAGUGAAAGGGAAGAUUCAAAACAGCUUUCGUCUGAGGAGGCCUCCAAUCUUACGAAACAGAGGGUGGCUGCAGCGAAGCAGUUCAUAGAAAAUCAUUACAAGGAGCAGAAGAAGAAUUUGCAGGAGAGGAGAGAGCGGAGAAAUUUGCUCGAGAAGAAGCUAGCUGAUGCUGAUGUAUCAGAGGAAGAUCAAAAUAACCUAUUCAAAUUUUUAGAGAAGAAGGAAACUGAAUAUAUGCGCCUUCAGAGACACAAAAUGGGUGCUGAUGAUUUUGAGUUACUGACAAUGAUUGGCAAGGGUGCUUUUGGGGAGGUUAGAAUUUGUAGGGAGAAGACAACAGGUCAGGUGUAUGCGAUGAAAAAACUUAAGAAAUCUGAAAUGCUUCGUAGAGGCCAGGUAGAACAUGUGAAAGCCGAAAGGAACCUGCUUGCAGAGGUGGACAGUAGUUGUAUUGUCAAACUCUAUUGUUCUUUUCAAGAUGAAGAGUAUUUGUAUCUUAUAAUGGAAUAUUUACCUGGUGGAGAUAUGAUGACUUUACUUAUGAGAAAGGAUACCUUGACUGAUGAGGAGGCCAGAUUUUACAUAGCAGAGACAGUAUUAGCUAUUGAAUCUAUCCACAAACAUAAUUAUAUACAUAGAGAUAUUAAGCCUGACAACUUAUUACUCGAUAAAUAUGGUCAUUUAAGAUUAUCAGAUUUCGGCCUGUGUAAACCUUUGGACUGCAGUACUCUGCAAGAGGACUUUUCAGUUGGCGAGAGCCUUAAUGGAACUUCAAGAAGAGAUGAACGUACUCAAGCUCCUAAACGAACACAACAGGAACAAUUACAACAUUGGCAGAAAAAUAGGCGGAUGCUUGCAUACUCCACUGUUGGUACACCUGAUUACAUUGCUCCAGAAGUUCUGCUAAAGAAAGGUUAUGGAAUGGAAUGUGAUUGGUGGUCACUUGGUGCUAUCAUGUAUGAAAUGCUUGUGGGAUACCCACCUUUUUAUUCUGAUGAUCCUAUGUCGACUUGUAGGAAGAUAGUGAAUUGGAGAACACAUUUAAAGUUUCCAGAAGAGGCAAAGCUAUCUUUAGAAGCAAAAGAUCUUGUGAGCAAACUACUUUGUAAUGUCAACCAGAGGCUCGGUUCAAAAGGCGCUGAUGAAAUAAAGGCUCACCGCUGGUUCAAGGGAAUUGACUGGGACAGAAUAUAUCAUAUGGAAGCUGCAUUCAUUCCUGAAGUAAAAAAUGAGCUGGACACCCAAAAUUUUGAGAAAUUUGAGGAGUCUGAUACCCAAGCUCACACUUCAUCAAAAUCUGGUCCAUGGAGAAAGAUGAUUUCGUCCAAAGAUAUUAACUUUGUUGGUUACACGUACAAGAACUUUGAAAUCGUGAAUGACUACCAAGUGCCUGGAAUGGCUGAACUGAAGAAGAAAAAUAGCAAGCCGAAGAGGCCAACAAUCAAAUCACUCUUUGAGGACGAAACAGAAACAUCAGAGGCUGGUAGUCCAUCGUCUCAAGGAAGCUUCCUGAAUCUCAUGCCUUCCCAACUUGAAAUUCCUGAGAAGCGAAAUAAUAAAUUCUUGUAA